AUGCUCUUUCUUCUUUGCAUGGAGAUGGUUUUCGUCGUUGUUUUCCUAACCAUCAUGCUUGCACGAUAUAAAUGUAAGUGUGCAACCUGAAAUUAAACAUUUGUGCUCAAAAAAAACCAUUAAAAACUCACCAAAAACCCUUUUUUCGACAAAAAACGAGCAAAACUGCAAAAAACGAAAAAAAAAAGAAAAAGAUGACUGGCUGGCUGGCUGGCCUAGAAACCGACUCGGCCAUUUUUGCCAAAAAUCAAUAAAUGAUCAAUAAAUUUAAUAUUUUCAGGCCAGCUCUUUGAAGUUCGUGAGGAAAAUGAAAGGAACGAGAUGCGAAGAAGAGAGUUGGCAUGGACGAAUUCAGAAAUUGUCGAAACUUCGGUAAAAUCAUUGAGAUCUGGCUGAAAUUCCUAUUUUUACUGAAAAUAAAUUCGAAACUGCAAAUUCACGCCGAGAAACCCGCUGAAUUUCGAGGAAAAAGCAAAACAUUGAGAAAAAUAUUUGAAAUGAAUGUUUGGUGGGUGACCACGCCCCUUUUUGCCGGCUGCGGCGCGAUUUUUUGCAACUCGUGCACACUUUUUCAUUAAUAAUUUUGUUUUCAAUGAAAAAUCGAAUCUUUAUAUCAACAAAAACACCACGAAAUUCAAAAAAAUCCCAAAAUUUCUCGAAAAACUAAUCUCUUUCACAUCCUUGAUUUCAGAUCUCAAAAUCCCGUGCAAUUUUAAUUUUUUAGGCGGCAAAACGCGUUGCACUCGAUUACAGUAGUUUGAUGCGCAUACACAGUACUCCGCCUGAACAGAAUAGGCGGGAAAAGUGGAGAGACGAAUUGUGCGGGUCUCGCAACGAUUUGGGGCGGAGCCGGUGAAAUCGAGGUCUUCGGGGAGCAGUUGAGAUGAGCAACCGUAGGCUAUGCCUGGAAAUUGAGAUUUUGGAGGUUUUUCAGAGGCCCUGGGAUACUGUAGAUCAAAAAACAUCGCGUUGAAUAAUAGCCUAGGCAAAAAAUGGUGUGAUUUUUGACACCUGUCAAAAAUCUUGUCUCAAAUUCUUAUAUGAGAAGUCGAAAAUCACACCAUAUUUCCCCUACUUUUAGUGCAUUUUUAAUUGUUAUUAAAAUUUUAACAACCUCAUAAAAGCCCUCAAUAAAUAAUCCCCAAAUUCGCCGAAAAAAAUCAUGAAAAUCAUGAAAAUUCCCAUAUUUUUGCUCCUAAUUUUCCUCCAAUUUUGCUCCACUGAAAAAUUGUGCGCUGAUAAAACCUAUCAAUUUUUCGAGCGAACUGCUAGCUCAAAAAAUCGUCAAACUUCUGGAUGGUGUCUGAAAAUCGUCUAUAAUUCGGCGGAUUUGACGCUAAAAAUGGCGCGAGAAUUGUGUGCACAAGAUGGAGCUGUGAUUUCGAAUUUUGAGAAUAGUUAUGAGUCGAAUCAAGUUAUUAGUGGGUUUUUUUGGAUAAGCCUAGGCUUAGGCCUAAAGUUAGGCCUAAACCUAGGCUUAUCUAGAUUCAUUGUGCUCCAAAUUUCAAGUAAAAUUCCAGAAUCCCACCCGGAAACCCAAAAACCCGGUCAAUUAAUUCGAAUCGACGGCUAUCGCAAAUUCAAAUGCUAUUCCGAUCAACCAACAUUCAAAGAUCCAGAUUGUCAAGGAUACAAGGUACUGUAGCUACAGUACUUCCUAAGAGUACUGUUACAGUAACCCAAUACCUACAGUCUCGUUUUCCAGGCUUUCCAAAAUUUCUCGAAUCACAACACGGAUCCAACUUUCACUCUCAACAAUUUCAAUGAGGGAUAUCCAGAUUAUCUCCGUAAACCGCCAGAGUAAGCUUGGGUUACUGUAUAUUUAGUACUGUAGCUACAGUUUCCUAUUUUCCAGCGAUUUGGCCGAUCACUGUUUGAUGAUAAUUUCGACAAAUCAAAAAAUCUACGACAUGUCGUGCGUCUCAAAUACACACUACAACAGACCAUACCGCGCGGUAUUGUGCGGAAAACGCGCGGAAAAUUGA